AUGGGUUGUACGAGUUCGAAAGAAAAUACAAAUCCGCCGCCUCCAACAACAACAACAACAACAAUAUCGGAUAAUAGUCAACAAUUGAUUAAUGAUCAGUUUCGUAAAUGGCUAAAAUCUAAUCGACCAAAAGCUGAUGAAUACGUUCUUAAUGGUAUUAGUUCUCCGACACAAUCAAACAAUGAUAUCGACGAUUAUCGUCCCAUAGUUCGUCAAGCACUUGAUCUGCUUAUUGAUCGUCACGAUAUAAAAACAACGAAUAAGUUAACAAAACUUCUACACAAGGAAGUACCAUCUGCAUCUUCAAAGAAAAUUGAACGCACGAUUGAUGUAUUGAAACAGACAGCAGACAAAUUACGUCAUGGACAAUUGUUACUUGAUAGUGAUCAACAGCAAACAACUGGAUCGACUAAUGGAGAAAUAACCAACGGUACGAAAGCAUCCGACAAUAAAGCGGCAACAGGCGAACCCGGUAUUGUUCUAAAGGAAGCGUUAGAAAAAGCGCGUAUAUCAUUCUAUAAGGGUAAACAAGCUGCUAUAUUUGCUAAUCCAAAUGGUGGCUAUGACGUGCGAAUCAUCGAUGACAAUGACGAUACUUUAAAUCAAGACGGAAAUCUUCUCCGAUCAAUUAUUGUAACCGAAGUAAAGAUGCGGCCAAAGUCUACUCUAGGAACAUCGAGUACAAGCACACAUACACCGCAUUUGACUUCUUCUGCUCCAGCACCGCCGCCCCCAUCAGCGCCGUCGAAACUACUCGAUGAACAUGAAAUUGGUGACGAUUUUCGUCGUUCCAUUGACGCCGCUCUUAAAGGGCUCGAAUCUAUUUAUCAACCCACACCCUCAUUUGAACGUACUCAAGAGAGUCGCCCUGAUAAAAGAGCAUCAUCGACUGUAACAAAAUCAAUAACAGAAGAUCAUACAGCUAAUUUAGCUGAAAUUAUUCAUCAAGGGAAAGCAAUUACAAAUAUUGAUGAGGAAAAAGAACGAGCGAUUAGUCAAACUGACAUUCAACCUAAACUUGUUGGUGCUGUUGAUAAUAUGAAUGAAAUUAUGAUUGAUACAAUUGAAUCAACGACUCGAAGUCAAAUUGGUGAACCUGUUCCAUCAUUACCUACUGAUACAAUAAAAGAAUUAGUUCUGAAUAUGUCUGAUGAAGAGAAACAUCAUGAGCAAAAUCUUCCGACAAAACGAGUUGAUUUGCCAUCAACUUCAUUUUCUUCACAAAAGCCUGAUUUCAAUCAAACUCAUACUCAAUCAACUGAAGAGCCAAUCGUCAAUGAAAAUUCAUCAGUACCACCUGUUGCCGGUUCUGUUGAUACAAACACAGCAGUGAAAUCGGCCAGUCAUAAUGUGACGUACACAGAAAUCAUUCAUUCGGAAUCGCUCGAUGGUGAACAAUCACGUCGUUUUAUGACCGAAUCUUACGACGAACAACCGUCAGCGCUCGAUGAUAAUGAAACAACUUCACGGAAAAUUAUAACGAAGUCCGAGUUUUCCAAUCAUCCAUCAUUAGGUGAGAAGAUCAUGGAACAGAGCGUUCAAGUCAUUACCGUCAAAGUACGAAACGAAACUAUUACAACAACGAAUUCAUCUCCAACGUCCGACAAAUCGUCUCUUCCUCAUGACACUCAUCCGACAAACACAACGCUUUGA